GGAGCUGGGGGAGCCAUGAAGGGCUGGGCUUCUCCUCACACCAGCCAGACAGCCUACUCUCCACCCAAGGGAAGCGGCUGCCUCCGCCAGGCCGCUUCCAGGAAGCCCCGGGCCAGGCCCCAGCAUUGUUCGGGCCCCAAGGCCAGCACCCCAGGCAGCCAGACAACCAUGAAGUCCAGCGGCCCUGUGGAGAGGCUGCUCAGAGCCCUGGGGAGGAGGGACAGCAGCCGGGCCACCAGCAGGCCUAGGAAAGCUGAGCCACAUAGCUUCCGGGAAAAGGUCUUCCGGAAGAAACCACCAGUGUGUGCCGUGUGUAAGGCGGCCAUCGAUGGGACGGGCGUCUCAUGCAGAGUCUGCAAGGUGGCAACACACAGAAAAUGUGAAGCAAAGGUGACUUCGUCCUGUCAGGCUUUGCCUCCCGUGGAGCUGCGGAGAAACACCGCCCCUGUGAGGCGCAUAGAGCACUUGGGAUCCACCAAGUCUCUGAACCACUCAAAGCAGCGCAGCACUCUGCCCAGGAGCUUCAGCCUGGACCCGCUCAUGGAGCGCCGCUGGGACUUGGACCUCACCUACGUGACGGAGCGGAUCCUGGCCGCUUCUUUCCCCGCGCGGCCCGACGAGCAGCGACACCGGGGCCACCUGCGCGAGCUGGCUCACGUGCUGCAAUCCAAGCACCGUGACAAGUACCUGCUCUUCAACCUUUCAGAGAAAAGACAUGACCUGACCCGCCUAAACCCGAAGGUCCAGGACUUUGGCUGGCCUGAGCUGCACGCACCCCCCCUAGACAAGCUGUGCUCCAUUUGCAAAGCCAUGGAGACCUGGCUCAGCGCUGACCCGCAGCACGUGGUCGUAUUGUACUGCAAGGGGAGCAAGGGCAAGCUCGGUGUCAUCGUCUCUGCCUACAUGCACUACAGCAAGAUCUCUGCAGGGGCAGACCAGGCGCUGGCGACCCUUACCAUGCGGAAGUUUUGUGAAGACAAGGUUGCCGCAGAAUUGCAGCCCUCCCAGCGCCGGUACAUCACCUACUUCAGCGGUCUGCUGUCCGGGGCCAUCCGCAUGAACAGCAGCCCUCUCUUCCUGCACUAUGUGCUGGUGCCCGUGCUGCCAGCCUUUGAACCUGGUGCAGGUUUCCAGCCCUUCCUCAAGAUCUACCAAUCCAUGCAGCUUGUCUACACAUCAGGAGUCUACCUCCGGUGCAUCCAAGUGCCCCUGAUUCAGCUCUGCCCUCUCUUCCCCAGUCAUGUUGCAGGCCCUGGUCCCCAGCAGCUUUGUAUCAGCCUGGAGCCAGCCCUCCUCCUCAAAGGCGAUGUCAUGGUAACAUGCUAUCACAAGGGUAGCCGGGGGACUGACCGGACCCUCGUAUUCCGAGUCCAGUUCCACACAUGCACCAUCCAUGGAGCACGGCUCAUUUUCUCCAAGGACCAGUUGGAUGAGGCCUGGGCCGACGAGAGGUUCCCCUUCCAAGCCUCGGUGGAGUUCGUCUUCUCCUCCAGCCCAGAGAAGAUCAAAGGUAGCACCCCACGGAAUGAGCCCUCCGUCUCUGUCGACUACAACACUGCAGAGCCCGCAGUGCGCUGGGACUCCUACGAGAACUUCAACCUGCACCAUGAGGACAGUGCGGACGACUCUGUCACCCACACCCGGGGGCCCCUGGAUGGCAGUCCUUAUGCCCAGGUGCAGCGAGCCCCCCGCCAGACCCCACCGGCCCCGUCUCCGGAGCCACCCCCACCCCCGCUGCUUUCUGUCAGCAGCGACUCUGGCCAUUCCUCCACGCUGACCACGGAGCCGGCCGCCGAGUCCCCUGGCCGGCCACCUCCGACGGCUGCCGAGCGGCAGGAGCUCGAGCGCCUGCUGGGAGGCUGUGGAGUGGCCAGUGGGGGCAGGGGAGCUGGGCGCGAGACGGCCAUCCUUGAUGAUGAAGACCAGCCCGCUGCGGGCGGAGGCCCCCACCUCGGAAUAUAUUCGGGACACAGGCCUGGCCUCAGCCGCCACUGCUCCUGCCGCCAGGGCUAUCGGGAACCCUGCGGGGUCCCCAAUGGAGGCUACUACCGGCCAGAGGGGACCCUGGAGAGGCGGCGGCUGGCUUUCGGAGCCUAUGAGGGGGCCCCCCAGGGCUAUGCUGAGCCCUCCGUGGAGAAGAGGCGCCUCUGCCGCUCACUGUCCGAGGGGCCGUACCCCUACCCACCUGAGCUGGGGAAACCCACCAAUGGAGACUUUGGCUACCGCUCCCCAGGCUACCGGGAGGUGGUGAUCCUGGAAGACCCAGGGCUGCCUGCGCUGUGCUCGUGCCCCGCCUGUGAGGAGAAGCUAGCACUGCCCACGGCAGCCCUCUAUGGGCUGCGGCUGGAGAGGGAGGCUGGAGAGGGCUGGGCGAGUGAGGCUGGUAAGCCCCUCCUGCACCCGGUGCGACCCGGGCAUCCGCUGCCCCUGCUGGUGCCUGCCUGCGGGCACCACCAUACCCCGCUGCCUGACUACAGCUGCUUGAAGCCACCGAAGGCAGGCGAGGAAGGGCAUGAGGGCUGCUCCUAUGCCUUGUGCCCCGAGGGCAGGUAUGGGCACCCAGGGUACCCUGCCCUGGUAACGUACGGCUAUGGAGGCGCGGUUCCCAGUUGCUGCCCAGCAUACGGCCGGGUGCCGCACAGCUGUGGGUCUCCAGGUGAGGGCAGAGGGUAUCCCAGCCCUCGUCCCCACUCCCCCCGGGCUGGCUCCAUCUCCCCUGGCAGCCCGCCCUACCCCCAGUCCAGGAAGCUGAGCUACGAGAUCCCUGCAGAGGAAGGAGGGGACCGGUAUCCGCUGCCUGGGCACCUGGCCCCAGCAGGACCCUUGGCAUCUCCAGAGUCGCCGGAGCCUGUGUCCUGGAGGGAGGGUCCCAGCGGGCACAGCACCCUGCCCCGGUCCCCGCGAGAUGCCCAGUGCAGCACCACUUCCGAGCUGUCCGGUCCUUCCACACCGCUGCACACCAGCAGUCCCGUCCAGGGCAAGGAGAGCACCCGACGGCAGGACACCCGGUCCCCCACCUUGGCGCCCACUCAGAGACUGAGUCCCGCGGAGGCCUUGCCGCCUGUUUCCCAGGGAGGCGCUGAUAAGGCUCCAGAGCUGCCUGCGGGAAGUGGGCCUGAGCCUCCAGCCCCUGGCGCCUUCUCCCCAGCCUCCCCACCCAGCUCUCCCAACGACUGGCCUCAGGAGAGGAGCCCGGGGGGCCGCUUGGACAGCGCCAGUCCAAGGGGGCCUGUACCCAACACCCUGCCCGGCCUCCGUCACGCCCCCUGGCAGGGCCUGCGAGACCCCCCGGACAGCCCGGACGGGUCCCCCCUCACCCCUGUGCCUACUCAGAUGCCCUGGCUUGUGGCCAGCCCAGAACCCCCUCAGAGCUCGCCCACACCUGCCUUUCCUCUGGCUGCAUCUUACGACAUCAACGGCCCCCCCCAGCCCCCCCUUCCUGAGAAACGUCAUCUGCUGGGGCCUGGGCAGCAGCCGGGACCCUGGGGCCCGGAGCAGGCAUCACCACCAGCCAGAGGCACUAGUCACCAUGUCACUUUUGCACCUCUGCUCCCGGAUAAUGCCCCCCAACCCCCAGAGCCCCCGAUGCAAGAGAGCCAGAGCAAUGUCAAGUUUGUCCAGGACACAUCCAAGUUCUGGUACAAGCCACACCUGUCCCGUGACCAAGCCAUCACCCUGCUGAAGGACAAAGACCCUGGGGCCUUCCUGAUCAGGGACAGUCAUUCAUUCCAAGGAGCCUAUGGGCUGGCUCUCAAGGUGGCCACGCCCCCUCCCAGCGCCCAGUCCUGGAAAGGGGACCCCUCGGAACAGCUGGUCCGCCAUUUUCUCAUUGAGACUGGGCCCAAAGGGGUGAAGAUCAAGGGCUGUCCCAGCGAGCCCUACUUUGGCAGCCUGUCAGCCCUGGUCUCCCAGCACUCCAUCUCCCCACUGUCCCUGCCCUGCUGCCUGCGCAUUCCCAGCAAAGAUCCUCUGGAGGAGGUCCCAGAGGCCCCAGUGCCCAGCAACAUGAGCACAGCAGCAGACCUCCUGCGUCAAGGCGCCGCCUGCAGCGUGCUCUACCUGACCUCAGUGGAGACGGAGUCGCUGACGGGCCCCCAAGCAGUGGCACGGGCCAGCUCCGCAGCUCUGAGCUGCAGCCCCCGCCCCGCGCCAGCCGUCGUCCACUUCAAGGUCUCAGCCCAGGGCAUCACACUCACAGACAACCAAAGGAAGCUCUUCUUUCGCCGCCAUUAUCCAGUGAACAGCAUCACCUUCUCCAGCACUGACCCUCAGGACCGGAGAUGGACCAACUCCGACGGGACCACCUCCAAGAUCUUUGGUUUCGUGGCCAAGAAGCCGGGAAGCCCUUGGGAGAAUGUGUGCCACCUCUUCGCAGAGCUUGACCCGGAUCAGCCUGCAGGCGCCAUUGUCACCUUCAUCACCAAAGUUUUACUGGGCCAGAGGAAAUGAAGGAAGGCCACAAGCUCCAAGCCCACGUCGACACUGUGCCCCUCUCAGCACCACACAGCCCUCACUUCCCCUGGCCUGGACCCAGGAGACCCAGGAGCCGGCCUCUCCCCUAGGAAUGGGGAGCGGACACAUCGGCCUGGGACGCUGCUCUCCUUCCCCGCCCCCAGCCUGCUAAGCGAAGUGGAUGGGCCCAUGAGAUGACCUUGCAUGUGAGCAGAGGGCAGAGACGGUGUGAGGGUGAGGUGGUGGAGCCUGGAAGGGGUUAUCUGGACAGCCCCACCUGCAGGAGAGCAUCUGCGCUGGAGGGGGAGACAGGCCUUGCCUGCUCCACCAGCUGCAGGUCCCAGCACGGCAGGGAGAGGGGAGAGGUGUGGGGAGCAAGGCACUCCCUCCUUUGCCUCCCCUCUGAGCAGAGAGAUCAGAGUAGGAUCACAUGAAAAGGGGAAAGAAAAAAAAAAUGAGUCUAUUUUUGUCUAAUAAUAAAGAGUUUCUAUAAUGUUUAGUUAGAGUUGGACUCAUGCCUGUUUCCAGGAAGGACAAAGCCUCGGGUCUCCCAGGACCACACCUGUGUUUCUUAGGGGAUCCCAGGCCCAAGCCAUGUCUGUGGGACACACACGAUCCCUCUCCCUGGCCCCACAGCCCUUCGCCGCUCCCUCCUCCAGCCCUGUCCCCGGCUCAUGUACUGGGAAGGAUUCCCCUGUCCC